AUUUAUUUCACUCUUCCAUUCUCACACACGCAUACACACACACCACAAUAACACCAACACACAGCUUCGACCACUGAUAUACCGUCAACAUGGGCUGGUUCUGGGCAGAUGCGACACCAGCGCUACCCUCAGCUCCUCAUCCUCUGCCAUCCCGAUUAGAUGCGCAACCUCCACCAUCAUGUCCCAUGCACAACAAACUCGCCUCGAAAUCGUCGCCAACACCGCCACCUCCCAGCGAUCGCCCCAGCGCCUGUCCGGUCAAACACUCCAGCGCAUCGGCGACACCUGCUUCCAUGAACCCAUCCACAUCUGCGGAACCUCCUCCACCGAGCCCGACACCCUCCUACAUCUCCAAGCUCAACCCUCUCAACUACAUGCCCUCUAAUCUCGCCAACACCCGCGAACACGCCGAACAGUCCAUCGCCCUUCCCCUCGAUCGCGAAGCCUCCACUAUUCCCCGCGGCGAUGGCCAAGGUCACUGGGAAUACCCUUCCCCUCAGCAAAUGUACAACGCCAUGCUCCGCAAAGGCUACACUGACACGCCCGCCGAACACGUCGAAUCCAUGGUUGCCGUGCACAAUUUCUUAAACGAAGGCGCGUGGGAAGAAAUCAGAGGUUGGGAAGGUCGAUUCAGCUCUGGUCUCGCAGAAGCGUGGAAGUAUUGUGUCAAAGGAGAGGAAGGAUACGAGAGGCAUGCACGUUUGGAGGCGUUGAAGGUGCGAGGGAGGGAAGCAGAACUCCUCACCCAUGAACCAGAACUCAUCCGAUUCGAGGGUCGACCAGGAGAUAUGACGCCCAAAGCGAGAAUGUUGAAUUUCAUGGCCAAAGUGUGGCCCGAGCAGUUCCCAGACAACCCGCCUUUCGAUCGCCAUGAUUGGUUCGUCAGGCGGAAACCCAAGCAAGGCGGAGAGAAGGAGGUGAGAUAUGUGAUUGAUUAUUAUUCUGGUCCCCCGGAACCUACGGGUGAGCCGGUCUUCUAUUUGGAUGUGAGACCUGCCGUCGAUGGACCCGUUUCUGCCGCCGAGAGGCUGUUGCGAUGGGGUGGUGAUGUGUGGUGGAGAGCCAGUGGUGGCAGUGUCAGAGAGGAGUUGGCGAGGCAGCAGAGAAAGUAGUGACAGUGUUAGUAAUGGACCACGUGUAUUGUGUGAAUUGUGGGCAAAGACUCGGCUCCCGGGGUGGUUAGUGUAUGAUGGACGACGAAGAAGAAGAAGAAGUUCUUUUGACAUGGGAAGCGUGGAGUUUUGGCGUUGUAGUUUGUGCUUUGCAUCCUGCAUUCUGGAUCGAAUGGAGGCACAAAGGGGUGUAUACCAGAUGGUCAACGAUGAUUGAAAACCAGUACUCAGCUCCUCUUUCAACAAAUAACAAUUGGAUGAAGUGUGUUAUGAUAAUU